AUGAAUGAACUAGAGGACGAGCUUGAUCUCCGCUAUCAUCGCGGGAUGAAGCCUGAUGUUUACUAUCGCUGUCCGACCCUCGAAUCGCUGGAUGGAGCACUUCGAAAUGAGCUCGAGAAAUCUGCCACGAGUUUCGUUCCCACCCAGGUGGUGACAGAAUUCGUAUUUGCAAAUACAUCAACCAUCACAAUUUCCGUGUCGCAUCAGGGACAACUUGAACCCCUCGGUCUUGUCCCUGCCGACUUUCCGCAGAGCAUCACUGUCGAACACGCUUUCUGCCGUAACCUUGAAGGAAAAGAGCGAUUGAAAGUCCAAAGGGCCAUUGCUCGUUCCUUUAUUGAAUCCAUUCAAGAGGCAGAUGGCUUCAGAUACUCUGAGCGCCAAGCUACGAUAAACAGCGAUGGCUCUAGGUUCAAAUAUGUUUGCUGGGACUCGUUGCAGAACCGUGAUCGCAAGAGAAAUUCCAAGAAGGAGAAUGUUACCGACCAGAAUGACUCCGAUGAGCACAAAAGCGAACGAGCGAAUAGGCAGCUCCCUACAUUCGACUGCAAAGGAGCCAUCCAUAUUAAGUUUUCUUUCAAACGCGACGCAGUGAACGUUAUUUACAUACACAAUCCAAUUCAUCGAGACACAAAAAGCCGACAAGAAAACGAGCAAGAAAACAGCCCUUUACCUGCGGUAGAGAAAAUAUCUAUAGAACAAGAAAAUUCCCCAGAAGAACCGCCAAAGCCCCGGAAAAGUAGAAAGAAAAAGAGUGCUUUGAACGAACUGGAUCAUGCCAACACUGAUCCUCAACCAUCAGCACCUCAACCCGUAUCGGGCUCUCCGAAGAAAAGGAGGACCAGGAUUUCGGGAAGUAUUGACGUACCAGAGCCGUCGACAGCAGCAAAGACCAAGAAGAGGAGAACCAAUUCGUCGGGAAAAGUCGACGUUUCGGAGUCAUCGACAGGAUCGAAAACCAAGAAAACACAAGCGUCUUCAACAGGUCGGCCUACUAUUAAAACUCCGAUUCCUUUGCCGACACCUGCCCCAACGCGCACCAAAGGCGCAUGCAUUCGAUGUCGUGAGAAGAAGAUCAAGUGCGAUUAUGCCAGGCCCACCUGCAAUCAGUGCCAAAGAGGCCUGUGGACUUGCCAGUACCCUGUUCCAAGGCCGCCGAAACGAUCCAAAAACGGAUGUACCAAUUGCCGCCAACGAAGACGGAAAUGUACAGAAGAAAAGCCCUCAUGCGCACACUGUAUAAAGUUAGAUGAUGAUUGCGAGUACCCUUAA